AUGGCCGUAGAUCGAACGGAAGACUAUCGCGAUGCGGUGAAGUCUCUCGCAGUGCGACUUGGGUACGAUCAGGCUCGCCUGGCGCAGGUCUCAUCUGCCAUGAUGCUCAAACCCACCUCGGGGGGCGGCGAAGCUUCCACGAAGGACGCCUUCGCCAGGCUGGCAUCUGACGUGCUAUCAGACGAACGUGCUCUGCAUUCCGUCCUAAUGAGUGAGGGGCGGGAAUACUGCAGUGCUGCUUCGGACCAUGUCGUUGGGCACGCCGUGAUGGAGAGACGGCGAGACGCCUUUGAAGCAAAGGUGGGCGGCAUGGUGAAGGAGUGCAAGGAGGGGAUCGAGGCUCUGCGACGCAGAUUGCCUCCACCAGGAGGGGCAGCGGGGCGGAACGCUCAAUUGACAGCGCAUCAGCAUGGCGUGGUUCUCAUCCUAACGGAGCACCUGCAGCUGCUCUCCUCCACGUUUGAGCGCCUGAGAUCAACCAGGCUGCAGCGGAUGCUGGCAGACAGCCAGAGGCAGAGGCAAGGGGGAGGGCCGGGCGGAGGACAGGGCACAUUAGGGAAGCAGGGACGGAUACAUGCUCUCAAGGGGGUACGGGAGAAUGGAAGGGACGGAGGGGAGCAGGGCGGGGGGAAGGGGUGGCAGGAACGGGGCGGCGAGCAGCAGGGGAGGGGUGGUGAGCACGAUAGGGGGCGAGAGCAGGGGCAAGAGCGGGGCCGCGAGCAGAUGAUGCAGGAUGCAGAGACGGUGGCGUUGCAGGAGGAGUUGAGGGGGUUGCUGAGCAGCACGGCACAGACAGAGGCGAGGGUGAUGGAGCUGGCGGCUCUGAACCACCUGUUUGCCGUGCACGUGCUGCAGCAGAGCGAGCAGGUUCACCAGCUGUACGCUGAGGUGAGGGCUUUCCUCAGGAUAGGUUUCAUAGAGAGUAGUGAGUCAGCUAUUAUUAUUGCACGUGCUGUGGCGGAGCGAGCAGGUUCAGCAGCUCUUCUGAGGGUUGUACACAGACAGUGUAAGAAUCUGAACCACCUGUUUGCUGUGCAUGUGCUGCAGCAGAGCGAGCAGGUCCAGCAGCUGUACGCUGAGGCAGUGGCAGCAUCAGAGAGAAUAGACAAGGGCAACAAGGAGCUGAAGAAAGCAGCGUCCCACGGCAGCAGCCAGCGUACCUUCCUCAUCCUCUUCUUCUUUGUGCUGCCGCUCUCACUGCUCUUCUAUGAUUGGUACGAUCGGCGCCAACGGUUUGGAUUCGGGCUUUGGUAG